AUGGGUGUCAAAAUUGGCGUUUUCCCGGCCUCUGGAGCCCUUGGAUCAAGCAUCGUGAACCACCUGGUGAAAUUGGUCCCAGAAUCCGAUCUGAUUCUGAGUGCCCGACGCCCCGAGAAAUUGCAAGACCUCAAGCAAGCUGGCGCUACGGUACACAGGGCCGACUAUGAUGAGCCAUCGACAUUAGACACAGCCUUCAAAGGCGUGGAAGUCUUGAUGCUGGUUUCAUAUGCAUCAUUUGAGACAGAUCACAGGAUCGAGGCACACCGUCUUGCUAUAGAUGCAGCCAUCAGGUGUGGCGUCAAGCACAUCUUCUACUCUUCUCUUGGAUUCGGCGGUGAUCUAAACGACCACACCAUCGCUCAUGUGAUGGGCGCCCACAUCGUAACAGAGAAAUACCUCUCUACUGUUCAAGACAAGAUAUCCUACACCUCAGUGCGCGAGGGUAUCUACACUGAAUCCUUCCCGAUCUACACCGCAUUCUACGAUUUGAAGAAUCCAGCGGACGAGGUUGCAAUCCCUCACUCGGGUAAAGGCCCAGGCGUGGCGUGGGUCAAGCGCGAUGAGCUCGGCGAGGCAACCGCCAAGUUGAUUGUCUCGUAUAUCAAAGACCCGGCUAGAUUCAAGUAUGUGAACAAGGCUAUUCUGCUCUCUGGGCCUCGGGAGAUCACUCUUGCGGAGACGGUUGAGAUUCUCGGUCGGGUGGUUGGGAAAGAUCUCAAGAUUCGUGAGAUCUCUGUCGACGAGUAUGUGGAUCUUCCUCAGAUUGGUGAUAAUCACACGUACAGGGGAGUGGAUCUGUCCAGGGAGUGGACUACGGCUUGGGAGGCUAUCCGACGGGGUGAGGCUGCAGUUGUGACUCCGGCUAUGCGCGAGAUUUUGGGUCGCGAACCGGAAAGCUUUGAAACUACGAUCAAGGCGUUGGUUUGA